AUGGAGUUGGGUGGACGCCUCUUCUUCAUCUUCAUCCUCCUCGUCCCCUCCGAGGCUCUGGCAGCCCCCUGCUCCGGUGGGGGCACCGCGGUGGGCGAGGGCUGCGCGUGCCCCCCCGGCCGCUCCGGCCCCCGCUGCGAGACCCCCGACCCCGGCACGGCCUGCGCCGGGGGGGCCACCCCGGUGGGCACGCGCUGCCUGUGCCCCCCGGGCCUGGGGGGGCCGCGCUGCCAGGACCCCCACCCCGCCAGCGCCUGCCGCCACGGGGCCACCCCCUUCGGCACGGCCUGCGUGUGCCCCCCGGGCUUCCGCGGGGACACCUGCGGGGAGCGCGACCCCCCCGCGUCCUGCCUGCGGGGGGGCACCCUGUGGGGGGGGUCCUGCCGCUGCCCCCCGGGCACGUGGGGGCCGCGCUGCGAGUGCGGGACCCCCCGGCUGGGGCUGGCGGUGCUGGAGGGCGGCGGUGACGGCGGCGGUGACAACGACAGUGGGGGACGCGGCAGAGGGACGACCACACCCUCAGGGACCACCACGGGGAUCACCACGGCCACCACCACGGCCACCGAGAGCACCACGGCCACGCCGGUGCCGUACCAGGACGGGAACGUCACGGGCGGCGCCGUGGGAAGGGGGCCCGGGGCGGUGGGACGGACCACCACUCAGGUCCCCGGCACGGACAACGACGUCAUCGACACCACCACGGUCCUGGGAAGUGCCGUCGCGGCCACCAACGUGGAGAACAACGUCGUUGUCCCCACUGCGGAGGGUCACGCCAGGGCCACCACCCCGCGGAGGGCCUUGGGGAACAGCACCGGGGCCACCACCGUGGAGGGUCACGCCAGGGCCACCACCCGGGUCCCCAGCACGGACAACGACUACAUCGUCACCACCACGGGCACGACGACCGCCUCCGUGGUCCCCAACACGUACAACGACUUCAUCGACACCACCACAAAGGGAAACACCAGGGCCACCCCCGUGGAGAGGGACAGCAGGGCCCUGAGGAGCAGCCCCCGGGUCACCACGGCCACGCCCGCGGCCACCAGCGAGGAUGAGGACACCACCCCCGUGGAAGGGGACACGACGCCCCUGGGCGGUGACACCACGGCCAUGGAAGAGGAAACCACGGCCGUGGAAGGGGACACCAUGGCCGUGGAAGGGGACACCUUCACCCCCCCCACCAGAGGUGACACCGCGAGGAGCCGCGGGGUGACGGCAGUGCCACCACGCCCAGAGAGCCACGGAGGGGCCACCACCCCGGCAAGGGACACUGGGGACACAAGGGACAACAACACCAGGGCCACCACCCCGGGAAGGGACAACCACACCAUGGCCACCACCCCAGGAGGGGACACUGGGGGCACAAGGGACAACAGCACCAGGGCCACCACCCCGGGAAGGGACACCAGCACUGGGGCCACCACUCCAGGAGGGGACACUGGGGGCACAAGGGACAACAGCACCAGGGCCACCACCCCGGCAAGGGACACCAGGGCCACAGGGGACAACAACACCAGGGCCACCACCCCGGGAAGGGACAACCACACCAGGGCCACCACCCCAAGAGGGGACACUGGGGGCACAAGGGACAACAGCACCAGGGCCACCACCCCGGCAAGGGACACCAGGGCCACAGGGGACAACAACACCAGGGCCACCACCCCGGCAAGGGACAACACCAGGGCCACCACCCCAGGAGGGGACACCAGGGCCACCAUGACCACCGUGACCACCACCCCUGUGUGUGACACCAGGACCACCCCCAGGAGCCGUACGGGGGGUGACACCACGGGGGGUGACACCACGGGGGUGCCACACCCAGGAAACCACACCAGGGCCACGGAGAACGACACGAGGGCCACGGAGCCCACCGGGACCACCCCGAGCGCCACCGUGGCCACCAUCUGCCUCUACCUCCCCCACGGCUCCAGCCCCCCGGCCAUCUCGUGCCUCAACGGGGGCGUGGCCAACCUGACCCGCUGCCUGUGCCCCCCCGGCUUCACCGGCCCGUCGUGCGAGACCCCCGACCCCUCGGACCGCUGCUCGGGGGGCGGCACCGCCGUGGGUGACCGCUGCCUGUGCCCCCCCGGCCGGGGGGGUCCCCGCUGCGCCGCCCCCGACCCCGCGGGCGCCUGUCGCCACGGGGGCACCGCGGUGGGCACCGAGUGCUUCUGCCCCCCCGGCUUCCACGGGCCCCGCUGCGAGAAUCCCCCCGCCACGCCCCCCCCCACGGCGGGACCCCCGCGGAGAACCCCUCCCAGCCCCACGGCCAGGGGGGGCGGGAGGAGCACCCCCAGGAGGACCCCCACGACCACCAGCACCGCGCCCACCACGAGAGACCCCUGCCUGAACGGGGGGCGCUGGAUGGGGACGAGCUGUCUGUGCCCCCCCAACGUGGACGGCGCCCGCUGCGAGUUCGGAGCGACCACCAUCAACCUCACGGCAGAGCUGGGCCCCUUCGUGACGAUGUUGGCCCGAGUGACCAACAGGGACUUCUCUGAGGACCUGCGGGACCCCUCGGCCCCCGCCCACCGGAGCUUUGUAGCCGAGUUCAGCCGCACGAUGGACGGAAUCUACCGGAACAUCUCCGGAUACCGCAGGACCCACGUCCUGAGCCUGAGCCGCGGCAGUGUCGUGGUGAAUUUCCGAGUCCUGCUGGAGCCCCGUGCCGGGAAUGCCAGCCUCGAUCGGCGGGCCCUGGAGCUGCUGGCAGUGGCCAACGCCGCGGCCCCGCCCCACAACUGCAGCCCCUCCACUGACGGGCUCUGCUUCAGCGCAACCUCGGCCAGAGCCGCCCGGGCCGCGACGCUGGCGCUCAAUGACACAGAGCUGUGCCGGCAGCACGCGCCGGCAAAUUUCAGCCAGUUCUACUUCCCGCACCGCACGGCCAACGGGCUCCUCUGCGUCACCAACUGCACCCUCAACGUCCCCGGCUCCUUCGACUGCCACCAGGGGCUCUGCCGGCUCACCCUGCAGGGACCCCAGUGCUUCUGCCCCGACCUGCCCUGGUACCUCUCGGCCGGCGACCGCUGCCAGACCCACAUCAGCAAACUGGGGCUGGGCCUGGGGGUGGGGCUGGGGCUGGGCCUGACCCUCCUCAUCCUCCUCAUCCUCUGCAUCAUCCUCACCCUCCACUUGGCCCGGGCCAGGAAGAAAUCACCUGGGACCAGCGCGGCGGGCCAGGAGCCCUGGGGGGACGGUGGCCACAAGAGCCGCGUCACCGGCAUCUACCACGUCAACGGCCGGUCCGGCGCCACCCGCCAAGGUCCCUACAACACCUACAAGGCCAGCGCAGAGGUGGCGGAUCCGCCGGAGCCGGUGCCAGCGGAAACUGCAGCCUCCCUGUGACCCCCAAACCUGGCAGGGGGUCUGGAAAAUGCCCCCCCCCCCAAACCCCUCG